AUGACCAUGGUCUUCGACUCCAACAUCCAGCAGAUCUGCCUGGCUUCGACAAGCAGCCCUGCGAAUCCGAUAUCCCCAAAGGCAGUGCAGAAAGACAUCCAACUCCAGCAGAGAGAGACCUUCCGCUCUCAUUUCAAGAGCCUAACGAACGGGUGUCUCGGGAACAUCAACAACAACUCCCCGAACCCAUUGCUCGUUCCCGACCGGUUUCCCCGGGACGUUGCCAAACUCCAUGAAGCGCUUGUCAUCGGACUGACCGAUAUUGUCGAGAGAUGGUGGACCGAUGAAGAGGCGGCUUUUCCGUGUCGGAUGCCAUUGGAACCCCACGAGGAGGAGCUUCUAUAUUGGGUGCAUGAGCAGACCCUGGAAAAGAACAUCAGACCGUUCAAGGAGUGCCGCGGACAUUGGCGAACGGAUCUCCUGCUGUCCACGGAAUGGCCCCGAGCGGUGCGGAUCUGCGAGAUCAAUGCGCGAUACUCCAUCAAUGCGCAACUUCUGGCAGCAUAUGGCUAUGAGGUAUACGAUGCCAUGGCUGCAGAGAGGGGCUGUCUACGCACAGGAGGCGAUGCAAAGCAGUUUGUUGAAGAUCAACUGAACCUCUUCGACCCCCAAUACCCCCUACACAUCGUAAACGAGCAAUACCGCACCCCAUUCACCGAACUGUUCGUUUCAUGUGCGCACCAAAACACCGGAUCGCGACCCACGAUAAUCAAGCCGUCCGAUCUCCGACUGCUCAAAGACCCUGCCUCGCGAACGGGCUAUUCCCUCUACUGCCAAUCGACCCGGGACCAUCCCGAUCUGCUCACCAAGGACGGCGAGCCUCUCGACCGGAUCCACCAGACGGCCAUCCACCUCUACCAGCACGAACUGCGCCUCAUCCCGGCCGAAGUCCUCCGCCAUCUGGCCCUGUGCGGUGUAAACGACAUGCGAAGCAUUCUGCUGAUCCACGACAAAAGGAUCCUGGGCUUGCUACUCCAAGAACUCGACAGCCUGGUCCUCAAACACCGCGUCCUCACGGCGGAGCAAGCCGAGAUGCUCCGACAAGGGAUCAUCCCGACCAUCAACCCGGGCUCGCUGGAGCUCGAGCAGCUGAUCGAGCAGACCAAGAAGCUCGCGCCGAUCCAAGAUUCCUACAUCAUCAAGCCGGUUCGCAGCGGUCGGGGCGAUGGUAUUUUAUUGGGGCAGGCGCUGUCGCCGACACAGUGGGAGGCCUUGUUGGGUGGUCUGCGCGAUGCCAAGCUCGUGUCUGGGCGGACGGUGUAUGUGGUUCAGCCGCUGGUCAAGCAGCCUGUGGUUGAGGUGGUUGAUCAUCGGGGCAAAGUCCGCGCGAGUCAUCUGGUAGGGUCGUGUCAUUUGGCGGAUGGGAAGGUGACGGGUCUUGGGGUGUGGAGGGCUGGGGGGGGAAGCAAAUAUACUAUGACUGUUUCUUUUUUUUAUUGUUCGCCUCUAGUCAUCAUCUGA